AUGUCAUUACGGAAACCCAAUCCAGAUAAUGGUUCAUUGGUGGAAGAAAAUUUUGUGGAGGGACGUGCUGCAAUUGUUCGUUCGGUCCACAGAACAACGGUACCGCGAGGUACAAAGCAAUUAUUGGAACAGACAAAAGCCAGAACUCCAGAUUCCAGUCCUUUUUGGUUACUUGUUGCAUCGCUGCAACGUUUUGUCGCCGUGCACCACGUUCUACCAGUAUCUGGCAGUUUACCGGAUAUGAUUAGUGAUACGGAACGCUACGUAGCUCUGGCAACGAAGUUCAAGCAAAAAGCCAACGAUGAUGCAAAUGAGGUGCAUUUUCUUAGUUUUUGA